AUGCGCGUGAAGAGCAUCGUGAUUGACGGCUUCAAGUCGUACGCCCACCGAAAGGAGUUGGCGGACCUCAGCCCGCACUUCAACGCCAUUACCGGGCUCAAUGGCAGCGGUAAGUCGAACAUCUUCGACGCCAUCUGCUUCGUCAUGGGUAUCACCAACCUCAAGCGGGUGCGUGCCGAGGAUCCGCGGGAGCUGAUUUUUCGCGCAGGCACGACCGGUGUGCACGCGGCACGGGUGACGAUCGAGUUCGUGAACGAUGACCCCGCCUCCGCGCCGCCCGGCUACAGCUGCGAGGAGUACCCGCUCAUCACUAUUGGCCGCCAAAUCAAGCUUGGCGGACGGCAGCAGUUCUUCUUCAACAACACCGUGUCACUGCAGAGCAAGGUGAAGCGCUUCUUCGAGAGCAUCAGCCUGAACGUCGAUAACCCUCACUUUAUGAUCCUGCAGGGCACAGUGCACAAGCUGAUUGGCAUGCGCUCGCAGGACAUCCUGUCGCUCAUCGAGGAGGCGGUGGGCACGAAGGCGUUUGAUCACCGCCGCCGCACCGCCGAGACGCUGAUCCGCAACAAGGAGCGCAAGAUGGAGGAGAUCGACACGAACAUCGAGGCGCAGAUCCGACCGCUGCUAGACACAAUGCGGGCGGACCAGGAGGAGUACAACGCGUUCAUGCAGAAUCGUGAGAAGACGGAGGAAAAGAAGCGCUUCCGCAUCGCGUUGGACUACCACACGCAUCACACGGAGCACACGGAGGUGGAGGCGAGGGUGGAGGCGCGCAAGGUGGACGUUCAGAACGCGAAGUCGCAAUUGCAGGCACUGCCGCGUCAGGAAGAGGAGGCGACGCGUCGACUCGUCCAGCUCCAAGGCUCCCUCCACGCCCCGAGCGAGGCAGCCAUCUCGCUGCACGAGGAGGAGGAUGAGCUGAAGAAGGCGCACAGCCGCCUCGAAAGCGAGCUGGACAACUGCACCAGGUUGCUGAGGCAACUUGAAACACAACUCAAGACCCUGCGGAGGGAGCAGGAGAAGCAAAGUAACAACCAGGUGACCUUCGCGGCGCGGCGGCAGCAGCACGAGCAGAUGCUAGCGCAGAUCAAGGAGGGCAAGGAAGCGUGCGCGAAGCUGAAGAGGGGUCUCAAGCUCCUCCAAUCCGGCGUGCAGGCCGGCACCUCGGGUGUCUCGCUCGCGGAGGAGCGGCAGCAGGUGGAUCUGAAGCUCAUCGAGCAGCAAUCACGCGUGCACCGCGCCACAGAGCGGUUUGAAGAGCUGGUGAAGCAGCAGCAGCGGAUCGAGGCGCAUCAGGCGGAGGAGAGCAGCCGUGUGCGGCACUUAGAGCACGAGCACGCCAAAGCAGCGGCAUCUCUCGAGAAGACAAAAGUGGUGUACGCACCUCUGGCGUUGAAGCAGGAACGCAAGGAGGCGCUCGAGGCAGAGAUCUCGUCACUGAAGCGCGAGUACCAGGCGGAAUACGAGAACUUCCAGCGGCAGGUGAGCACUGCGGCCGCGCGCAACUACGACCUCGACUACAACCGCUACGCCUGCCCACCAGACACGGAGGACAACGUGCUUGGACGUGUCGGCCAACUCAUCACUCCGAUUGAUCUGCAGCACGCGCUGGGGCUCAUGGUUGGCGCGCAGAACCAGCUGUUACGCGUCGUCGUCACGGACGAUCGCGUCGCCGAAGCCAUCAUCCACAGUGGGCUGCGGCAGCGCACUGCGUUCUUUGCCCUCGACAAGCUGCAACGUCCGCCAACGCACCUCUUCAUCGAUGAUGCGAAGCUGCAGGCGGCGCGGCUCAUUGCCGAGCAGCAGGGUGGCUGGGUGCACCGCGCACGGGACCUGGUGACGGUGCAGGAAGCCUCCUCCCAUCAGCAGCAGCUCAACGCCCUCGCGGACUUUGUGUUUGGCACCUUCUUUGUGUGCUCCAGCUUGCGACUCGCGCAGGACCUCGCCUACAACCCGUCCAUCAAGGUCAAAGCCGUCACUAUCGAAGGUGAGGUGGCCGAGCCAAACGGCUUGAUGACGGGCGGGUCGACGCACCACCUGCGCGACGUCUUUGCCGAUCUCAAGGCUUAUGCAGCUCAGAAAGAGCCGCUCCAGGCGCUGCAGCAACGCACGCGCACGCUGGAAACGGAGUACGCCGCCUUGCGCAACACGCUCCGGCAACACCAGCACGACAUUCAGGCGUACAAGGCAGCGGAAGCUGCGGCGGAGCUGUCGAAGCAGCGCUACAUCGUCGCUGCAAGCAGCGCGCAGAGCGGCGCGGCGGAGCUGGCAGAGGAGAUGGAGCGCGAGCAUGCCACGAUGACCGAGGCGCAGGAAAAGGUGGCGGUGCUGCAGGCGAGGCAAUGCGAGUUAGCAGCACAGGCACAGACGACAGACCUGAACGUAGUGCGGACGGAAAUAGAGAAUCAACUCGCUGCGGCAGAGGCUCACGUGGCGCGGCUGAUGGCCGACGAGGAACGCGGCGCGGCGGAGUUCGAGCGACUCGAGGCGGACAUGGAACAGCAGACGGCGGACUUGUCUCGCAAAGCGCAAGACAUGGAAGAGGAGCUGGCGCAGCAGCAGAGCCAGAAGCUGAAGCUGACUGCGCAGGUGGAGGAGUUGAAGCAACAGCUGGUAGCGGUGCAGGCGCGCUGUAAACACAACGAGGAGCGGCGCCAGCAACUGGAAAAGGAGAUUGACGACACUCAAGAGGAGCUGACGCGGCUCGCAGAACGCAAAGUCACGCUCGACAACCUGGCCAAGAAUGGCGAGGUGGAGCUGCGAGAGCAGAGCCGGUGCCUAGAGAGCCUGCGCCGCCACAUCCAUGAGGCGGAGCAGCGCCACAGCUGGCUCCUCGAGGUGCGAGAGACAUUCAAUCAACCAGGUGGUCCCUACGACUUCAGCGAUGCGGCGCGCACGGCAGCCACCCUGCAGGAGCUGCGCGAGAUCGAGGCGCGUGCUGCCGCAAUGUCGAACAAACUCUCCCAAAAGUCCGCCAUCCUGUACGAGGAGCGGCGCCGCGAGUACGAGGAGCUCGUCAAGCAGCGCACUGCCCUGGGCGAGGACAAGGAAGCGAUCCAGCGCUGCAUCACUGAGAUUGAGUCGAAGAAGUGGGGCGCGCUGGAUCGCAUGGUCGGCAUCGUCAGCUCCAUCUUCGGCAGGCUCUUUGCGGCCUGCCUGCCUGGCGCGACGGCGCAGCUGCUGGAGGAGCGCGACGCGACAAACCACCUCACCGGCCUUGGCGUCCGUGUCUCCUUCAACGAGAAGCCGAGGGAGUCGCUCUCCGAGCUCAGCGGUGGUCAGCGAUCACUGCUCGCACUGUGUCUCAUGCUAGCCAUCCUGCGCGUCCGCCCCGCACCACUGUACAUCCUGGAUGAGGUGGACGCUGCACUCGACCCCAGCCACACCCAGAACAUUGGUCGCAUGCUGCAGCUCUACUUCCCCCAUUCACAGUUUCUUCUGGUGUCUCUGAAGGACGGCAUGUUCAACAAUGCCAACGUGCUCUACCACAUUCGCAACACGCAGGGCUACUCGGAGGUGGCGCGCAUCGAGCACAAGCCACCGUCACAGCCGACAUCCGCCAGCAGCGACACGCGAGCCGCGUCGAGCGGCGCUGACAGGGAAGGUGCCGUGGCGACAUCUGCGUAA